AUGGCCAAACUGAAGAACUGGCGACGUAUCAGUGGCCAACUGAUCACCAGGGGCAAAAAAUACACCCAUCACAAUUUGAUGCUUAUCGCCGGAAGUGGAUCUGUAACACCUACUAGAGCCCCAGCUCUCCCUACGCCUGCCCCCGCUCUGCUAGACUCCCCGCGCGGCGGUGCGCCGCCUGCGCCUAGAAAGACAGCGGUCUGGACCGCGAUGACCCCGCCCCCUGGCGCUAUGACUCCGCCCCUGGCCUAG